ACGUGGUGCGGCGCCAGGUCCAGCCUGUUGCUGAUGCUGCUGCUCGGUGUUCGUCAUGGAGCUGGAGCCGCGGAGCUGCCCCGUCCCGCCGCGGCUGCUGCGGGUGCUGCUGCAGCUGCUGCUGCUGGGCCUGAGCGCGGGAGCUGUCAUCAGCCAGCCUGGAGAGGAGGGCAAGGAAGUAUGGGAUUACGUGACGGUGCGCGAGGAUGCCCACAUGUUCUGGUGGCUCUAUUAUGCCACCAACCCCUGCAAGGACUUCUCAGAGCUUCCCCUGGUCAUGUGGCUUCAGGGAGGUCCAGGAGGUUCCAGCACUGGAUUUGGAAACUUUGAGGAGAUUGGGCCUCUUGACAGUAAACUCAAACCUCGAAGAACCACUUGGCUCCAGUCGGCCAGUCUCCUGUUUGUGGACAAUCCUGUGGGCUCUGGGUUCAGUUAUGUAAACAAGAGUGACGCAUAUGCCAAAGACCUUGCCAUGGUGGCUGCAGACAUGAUGGUUCUCCUGAAAACAUUCUUCGAUAGCCACAAAGAAUUCCAGAUGAUUCCAUUCUAUAUUUUCUCAGAGUCUUACGGAGGGAAAAUGGCUGCUGGCAUUGGCCUAGAGCUCUAUAAGGCCACCCAGCAAGGGAGCAUCAAGUGCAACUUCGCUGGAGUUGCUUUGGGUGAUUCUUGGAUCUCCCCUAUUGAUUCGGUGCUCUCCUGGGGACCCUACCUGUAUAGCAUGUCUCUUCUGGAUGACCAGGGUCUGGCAGAGGUGUCCAAGGUUGCAGAGCAAGUUCUGGAUGCUGUAAAUAAGGGGCUCUACAAAGAGGCCACCCAGCUGUGGGGGAAAGCAGAAAUGGUCAUCGAACAGAACACAGAUGGGGUGAACUUCUAUAACAUUUUAACAAAAGGGACACCCAUGUCUGCAAUGAAGUCGAGCCUAGAAUUCUCGCAGAGCCAUCUGGUUCAUCUUUGUCAGCGCCACGUGAGCUGCCUACAAGAAGACGCCUUAAGUGAGCUCAUGAAUGGUCCCAUCAGAAAGAAGCUCAAAAUUAUUCCUGAGGAUCACUCCUGGGGAGAUCAGUCUACAAGUGUCUUUGAGAACAUGAUGGGGGACUUCAUGAAGCCGGUCAUCAGCAUUGUGGACGAGUUGCUGGAAGCUGGGGUCAAUGUGACCGUGUAUAAUGGACAGCUCGAUCUCAUUGUGGACACCAUGGGUCAGGAGGCCUGGCUCCGGAAACUGAAGUGGCCAGAACUGCCUAAUUUCACACAACUGAAAUGGAAGGCCUUGUACAGUGAACCGAAAGCUUCUGAAACAUCCGCUUUUGUCAAGUCCCACAAGAACCUGGCUUUCUAUUGGAUCCUAAGAGCUGGGCACAUGGUUCCUUCUGACCAAGGGGACAUGGCCCUGAAGAUGAUGCGGAUGGUGACGCAGCAAGAGUAGGAUGGACUGGGCUGCCUCAGUCACAGGAGCGGAACUGAGGACCCUGGUGCUGUAGGAAGCACCACAUUCUUCCCUGAAUCUGACAUUUUGAGUCACGAUUGUGAAAGUUCCUGCCGGCAUCCAUAGAGGACAAAAUUGUCACCUCUGCAGCACCUUGGAAAUCAUGUCUGCUGCUUAUUAAACCUAAGAUUUUAAAAAAUGGAUUCAUUUUAAUCAAAAUGAAGGGGUUUAAUAGAUUAACUUUUUCUCAUUAUGAAAGUGAGUUAUGUGAACUGCAGAAAAAAAUGAGGAAUGCAGGUAAGCAAAGAACAAAACAAAGCCUAUAUCCACCCCCUCCCCAGGGAUAUGCACUAUAACCACUUUAGUGGACAUCCUUGCAGAUCUUUUUUUGCCAUGUAUACAUAUGUAUUUUUACAAAAAAAUGGAAUCAUUACCGUAUAUGUUAUUUUACUAUCUAGUUUGUUUACAUACCAGUAUGUCCUAAACACCCUUUCAUGUCAAUAAAUAUUCUCUAACAUUUUAAUG